ACUAUUGUCAAACGUCAGUUGGUUAUCAGCCACAUAAUCGAAAUUCACAUCACAGAACGAAUUUUCUUUUUGGAAAUUCCAAUUUAAGGCAUAUUCAUAUGUACAUAACAUUCUCAGUUUUCCGUUUCUAAGUAAUUUGAUUAUAUGAGUCAUAAAACAUUGGCAGCUGGCAAAAGCAUAUAAAAUAAGUAAAUAUUUCACGUUGUGUGUCAAGAUUGAUUUUAUUUUAUUUUGUUUUAACAGUGGCUUAUUGGUAAUAAUAGCUAAUAAAAUCACUUUGUGUGUGACGUCGUUCAAUUUAUUCGACAAAUUGGGCCUCCUAUAAUCUGAAAUGUGAAGUAGAAUUAAAGCUUGUUAAGCGAUGGAUGAGAGUACUAAGAAUUCCCCUUGUAAGGAGUGUGAUGGUGACGAGGGGCUACAGUUGCACGCAGAGGUGGAACACUUGAGGCAGCACCUUGCAGAAAGGGACAGCCAUAUUGUAGCCCUUGAGGGUGAGUUCAUCAAGAGCACAGCUAGGGCCAACGAACUUGAAGAGCAAGUUGGUACUUGGAGGGAAAAGUAUGAAAGGUUAUAUGAUUCUCACAAAAGAGUACAGAAGUUAAAUCAAGUGCUUGAAGACAAACUCCUGCAGAUGGUCGAUAAAAUGAAGGGAGAGAAGAGUCAGCUAACCAAGGACAUUGCCACUUUAUCUGUAAGACUGGCUGAGUCGAAGCACAACUAUAGUAUGUUACAAAAGGAAAAUGAAAGGUACAAGAAUGAUAUGAAUUUAGCAAUCCAGCUUUUACAAUGCAAGCCAGACAAUUUUGUGUCUCAGAAGUUGGACAAUCUUCCUGUAGACACUCAAGCUCGGGUAUCUCAGUAUGUCAUGUCCAAGACAUCGAAACCGUCAAGCUCAACUCAAUCUAAAAACGGUAAUGACAUAGAUACAUUUGACGCUAGUGAAUACGAAUUCAACAUUUCUGCUUCCUUAAUGUCCAAAAUACUUGAAGACAGUAUUCAAGAUACCGUCACCAAACACUGUGAUACAUGCACUUGCAAUAAAUCUCAAAACAAGCCAUUCUGUUACAAUGAAAGCUACUACUCAGUAGCGACACAAACACUUUCAAGCGGAGAAAUGAAAAACUCCCUUUGCCUCAAUUGCAAUUCCGAUGUAAAAUCCGUACAUUCCAACCUCAGUAUUAGAAGUAUGUCGCCACAUCCUGUCAAACUCAUUAAUGAUAAAGUUGUAAACCUGGGAAUGAUCACCCCUUUGUACAUAUUGCCACAAAAUACUGAACCUCAUAAAGAGAUUGCACCACCGGUGCCACCUGUUCCGGAGAAGCCAAAAAAUAAUGGAAUAGUUAAUGAUAAAAUUAAAAUGAAUGACAAAAAUGUUUUGGAACAAAUAGCACAAAAAGACACAGUUCCCAAGCAACAGGCUGAAGAUUUGAAGCAAUAUAGAAAGACUAGUAGUGUCAAUAUGGAGCCUGCAGUUCAUCAUAAACUCUGUGAUCGCACAAAAAGCUCCAUUUCGAGUAAGAAAAGUAGCAUUCAGAGUGCUGCCAAUGAAGAACCGCUACUUCCUAAAGAUGUAAAUAAGGAUAUGCUCAAUAAUAAGGAAGUCAAACCAAUUAUUGAGAAAGUCGAAGACAACAUUAGUGUCAGGAAGAAUUCUCAUAGUUCAAUGGGUGCUGUAAGUAGAACAUCGUCGAUUGCUAAGUCUACAGUAAGUACACAUAAGUCUAACACGGCCGUUGGGCCGGGGCCUCGGUUCUGUCACUUACGUAUGCAGGCCGGUUCUAAAAAUAUACUUCUCGAUAACGCUGAGCCCGACGUACCACCCGUACUGUACCGACGGCAGAGUAAGUGUAAUGAAAACUCUAUUUUCAAAGAUCUCACUGAUGAGGUAGAUAACUUUAUUGAUUUAGAAAAAACAGACGAGGAUAUUAUUAUUCAGGAAGAUAUAAAAAACGAUAAUAUUGUAGUUGAGAGCACUCUUAUUGAUGUCCACGUUGACAACAGCAACAAAGAUGUAAAUGUCGCUGAUAAGAAUACUGCAAUAAACCCCGUGUUACUUAAUGUUUCGUCUUCACCAUUGCAACCGUUGAAGACGCACACCUUUUCAAACAGCUCGGAAAACAAUAACAACAAAUCCCAAAGCAUUGCUAGUCAGCAAAACACCACAGAAAUCGAUAAUUUACUUAACGAUUUCAACGCCGACAUUAAUAAUACUCAGAACAAUAAUGUUCAGAGCAACGAAGACUCAAAAAAACUUGAAGUAUUCACUCCCACCGAUGAAAAUGAUGUAAAAAUAUUUAAUUUUGAUCGUUAUGAACAAAAGAAAUUAACUAAUCAAUUUAAUAAACCAUUAAGGAAAAUCGACAUGUCUCAACUACAUUCUCUUGAAAAUACAAGGAUUUCAAAGGAUCUCCCACCUCAAGGCGAUGAACCCAAACCGGAGAAAAAGCCUGAAAUAGCUAAGGCUCCAUUGCCUUCUAUUGUUAAUGUGUAUCCAAAUCUCACUCAGACUCAUUUAAAAGUUAACGACAAUAAAGUUUUUACAAACGAGCAAAGUACAAGCUCGUUAUCAAGUGACGACAGUGCUGCCGUACUUCAAAAACAACAAUUACUUAGAGUGGCAGAAUGGGUCGAGAAGAAUUUGGAACAACAAAACAAUUUUAACGAUCCUCUGGAAGAAGACGUUAAUUUUACAAAUAGAACGCGGCGCGACAGUAAGCUCUCAAGGCUGACAGAAACUUUAAACGAACUGGCGCUCAACAUGCCUCAUCCCGUCAGCAAGUACUCCAAAUCUUACGCUAGAGACGGUCACAAUGCAUGGGUGCACAACAACAUUCCGGGUCUUAACCAGGAAAAGGCGGCGAAAUUAUCACUACCACUUUCAAAACUGUCUGGUCACGUUGCCAAGGAAACUAUAUUCCCCGUUGAAUGUGGAGACGCCACUGUUACUGAAAUAAGUAACACCACAAAGAACAGGGAAACGGUCGCCGAUCUAGUCGCUGAGGGACUCAGAGCUAAGGGUAACAAGGAGAUAACGCCUGAAGACUUGGCGCGUAUGGAAUACAACGUGAAGAAAUUUCUGUUGAGUGGGCCGCACUGGGUGAACCCUGGUUCCGUGGGCAGGAGUCGACGCACAAGCAGUAAAACUGAGACUGAUGUAUAAUUCCACAGUAGGUAGCUACGGUAAUGAGAAAACUUGCAUUCCACUUCAAUGCAUAGGUCAAAAAGCGGUAUGGCAGUCUUGCUCCGUCUAUUAUUAUUUGCAGCUUCUGUAAUAGUUAACUUUGAUUGUCUUGCUUAAUCGUAAAAAAGUAGUUUUUUUUUCAAUAUGUUCCUAAUUGUAGAUAUUUGAUUCUACUACAUCAAAGAUUGUUUACCGCUUAUUUAUCGGAUUUAUUCAAACUAGUCGUAAUACGUGUCUUUAAAUUAUUUCGCUUAAGAGAUUUUAAUAUAGGAUUUGUAUUGUCUAGUUUCAAGAUUUUGUAAUACAUUUAUUUUAUUGAAUUAAACUGAGAAGAAUGUAAAGAGUUUUUAUGAAAAGAGUUUGGCUGAGAACGAGGAUGACGUAUGAGAAUAUACAGACAGGCACAAAUUUUAAGUAAAUAAAGUUUAGAGCUUUCGAUUUGUUCGUUUACGGUAGUUGAGAUUCAGUGUUAGUGUUGGAAUGUCGAUAUUAAUUGAAAACAAAGGCUGUCAUUUGCUAGAAUAGCCUAGAAUAUAAAGCAUCGCCAAUAUUAUUAUAAAGUCAAGUAAUAAGAGCUAUUUGUAAAUGUCGCAUCACUUUAGCAUGCGCACAUACACGGCCAUUUUAUUGAGUCACUUCUGUGUUAGUGCCGACGUAGUAAUGUCGCAUUUUUAUUUUCCUCUCGAGUUACUAUCAUAAUUGUAAGCUUGUGAAUAAAUGUGAUAAAUGCAAAGUAUAUGAUAGUGAUGAAAUUCGCCUGACGUACAAAAUAUUCUAUCAGUGAAUUUAUCUAUGUAUAUCUAAAGUUUACUGAAUCAGAAAUUAUUUUCUUAACUCUCAAAUAUUGAUGUAACCAAAAUAGUGCGGGGUGUUAUUCCUUUUUCUUUUAUUGCGUUGUAUAUUUAUAGACUUAAGUCGAUUCCAAAAAAAUCUGGUCGUAAUAAGGGCGAUGUAUUUUUGUGAUGAAUAUUUAAAAUCAAAACUCGUUUAUUUUCAGUACUUUUGUGUUAAUUUUCUUUGUCUAUA